UGACUAUCAUAACAGGGUCUCAGUGUGAUGGGUCGUGUCAGUAGCGACCGUGGCUUCUUUCCUUCCACAACAACUAGCAUUGUACUGAGUGGCUUCUUUCGUGGCUAGUAGGGUGUGAGUCUUCCGUGGUUAGUUGAAAGUUCAGAAACAUCAAGUGACUGUAUUGGAGACUCACCAAGCGUACUCAUAAACGGUACUCACCAAGCAGGCAGAAGUACUCAUCAGCGGUACUCGCCAGAAGUACUCAUUACCACCAGGAGCUGAUCACACGGACUCACCAUGAGUAAAGAGUGCGAGGAAUCGGUCCAAAUUUACAACAGAUACAAAACAUACAAUGGGGACGCCGAAAGCCCAGCAGCGUCAGCGGCAUCAGCCAACGGGGUCUUCGGGGACUGCAAAGAGAGCAUCGUGGAGGUCUCUGGGGGCCGCAACCACAAGGGGCUGACGAUGGGGAUGGGGGCUAUGUUCCUCGUAGGUGAGAUGGCGGGGGCUGGAGUCCUCAACCUGCCCUCCGCUAUUCUGAAUACAGGAUGGGCUGGAGUGCCGAUGAUGGUGGUGCUGUGUGGUGCUGUGGGCUACACUGGCACGCGUCUAGCCCUGUGUUGGGUUAUAGUGGAGGAGAGGUGGGAGGAGUACCGGGCACCCUGCAGGAGGCCUUACCCUGUUAUAGCUCGCCAAGCCCUGGGCAGACCUGGACAGAUCGUGACGGAGGUAGCACUCUUCGUCACACUGUUCGGGGCUGGGACAGUAUACCUGUUGUUGGUGUCGCAGCAGACACACGACCUGUUAUACCAGCUGGUGCCGUCCCUCAGUCAGUGUGCCUGGACCCUCAUCAUUGGCCUGAUACUCACGCCCUUCACCUGGUUGGGCACACCUAAGGAGUUCUGGCCAGCAUCUGUGUUGGCCGUGACGUCGACCUUCCUGGCCUGCCUGGUGGUGUUGUCGGAGGUUAUCAUCGAGAAGGACCUUCAUCCCUUCCCCGAGUACCCUAAUCCUUCCUUCAACUCCUUCUUCCUGGGGUUUGGUUCGAUCCUAUUCUCUCUGGGGGGCGCUUGUAUCUUCCCCACCAUCCAGAAUGACAUGAAGGAUCGGUCACAGUUUCCCCACAGUGUUGUGAUCACAUUCCUAGUUCUGUUGGGCCUGUAUUUGCCAGUCUCCAUUAUCAGCUACGGCAUCCUGGGCUCUCAAGGCAUCAAGGAGAACAUCAUGCAGUCGGUGUCCGGGAAGGCAGUGAUAAUGGCGCAAGUUUUUCUACUCUGUCAUUUUCUUUUUGCCUUCGUCAUCGUCGUCAACCCGGUUUAUCAGACCAUCGAAGGCAUUCUCAAUUUACCCAAUGAGUUGGGUAUCCGUCGAUGCUUGUUAAGGACAGGACUGAUGAUGGCAAUAGUGGUGACAGGUCUGGCGGUACCUGAGUUUAGCAAGAUCUUAGACCUGAUGGGAGGCUCUACCAUUACACUCCUGUCAUUCAUCUUACCCGCGUUGUGUUAUAUGAGGUUGUGUGCUCUGCCGGGUCCCGAUGGUCUACCACACAGAAAGUUACGUCGGUGGGAGAUGGUGCUGUUGUACGCGAUCGUGGCGGUGGGUCUGGCUGGGGGCGUGGCAUCAACCUGGAGUGCCCUUGUGGGGAUCCUCAGCCCAAAGUCCUUCUCUACCACCUGUUUCUCCAGCUCCGCCUUCCUCAGCUAGAACAGUCUACUACUCUUUAGGUUAAUAAUCCUUGAAUUACAUGAAGAUUUGCUACCCUUCAUCACUACCCUCACACUCAGACUCCACCUCCACCACUCUCCACCACUCCCCUACACCACUCUCCACCACUCCCCUCCACCACUCCCUCCACCACCACCCUCCACCAUUAUCCUCCACCACUACCUUCAAUAACAACAACACAGUAAUAAAAUAUAAUCUUGAAAUAAUUCCUAACUUUAACAAUCUUAUAAAAUAUCUUGACUUUUUAUAAAUAUGUAAGAAAAAUUAAAUGUUAAAAAAAUA